UGUAAACGAAAAAGGUUUAGAUGCUAAAAUGUUCUUUAAUUAUUACUUAUAUUUUACACUAGUUUAUUUACACUUAUUUACAAUAGAAAAUGGGGUCGUUUGCCAAGAAGUUCAGUUACCGCCAGGUCAAGAGUGUCAGAUGACUCCAGUAAUUCAUGUGUUACAACAUCCUGGCUGUGUACCAAAACCGAUACCAUCGUAUGCUUGUAUAGGGAAGUGCACAAGUUAUGUACAGGUUUCUGGUAGCAAAAUAUGGCAAAUGGAACGAUCCUGCAAUUGCUGCCAAGAAUCUGGUGAAAGAGAAGCUAGUGUAGUUUUAUUCUGUCCAAAAGCUAAAAGCGAAGAGAAAAGACUAAGAAAGGUGACUACCAAAGCUCCAUUAGAAUGUAUGUGUCGCCCCUGCGGGUCAAUUGAAGAAAGUUCGAUUAUUCCGCAAGAAAUAGCUGGUUUUGUGGAAGAAGGUCCAUUACACAAUCAAUUCAGAAAGCAUUUUUAAAUGAUAAAUUUGUAUCAAGUAAAUUAUUAUGUUCUUAUGUUAUGUUUAAUGUUAUAAGCAUAAAAAUAAAGGCUUUCGACCAUU